AUGCGUAUAGAAGAGGAUCUAUUAUUUUUGCGAAGUAUUGUUGAAGGGUGCCAUCAAUUAGGUAUAAAUUAUUUAUCAGGUUUUUUGCUUUUAUCAGAAAAAUGGAAAAGGCCUGUUGGCGAAUUGAAGGCUAUUUUACGUUUCAUGGAAUAUUAUCUAAAAAUAAAAGAGAUCUGUUGCAAAAAAUGGUGUUUGCAGGUUUUAUCUCCCUUUAUGUAAAAGUUGAUUCAAGAAGUAGAAGAUUUAACGGCAAACAAUAGAUAUCUUCGAUUAAAAAUUGCAUUUAGUUAUUGCGGAAGAAAUGAUAUUUGCAAGUUAUGCAAAAAACUUGUCGAAAAAUAAACGAAGGAGUGUAUACAAUUGAUGAGCUUUUUGAAAAUUUUAUAACAAAAUUUUUAUAUACAUCACCUUGGCAAUCUAGCUAUAUGGAACUUUAUCUUUCUGAUAAAUAUUGGCCAGAUUUUAAUGUAGAAGAUUUGGUAUUUGCAAUUUAAGAUUUAAACAAUGUUCAAGUCAGUUUGA